GAAGGGAAGACAUCGUCCUGAGUCCUCGGUACAGAAAAUUCAUGAAUGAAGGAGCUACCGAGGAAACUGCCACUGCCUGCGCUUACAGACAGACUAGCAACAACGUCACUGCCUAUCAUGGGAUCCGGAUUAUGGCGUGAUCGAAGCGAGUUCUCGGAUUCGCGCGAUCCACGUCCCUUAAGCAGAGACAAGGAGAUGCAAGGAACCAGCAAGAGUAGGAGCUUCGCACUGCCAGGGAACAUCAGUUGCUGUUCGCCAAAGCUUCCCAAUGCGAGGACUGAGGACUGGACAAACACAGCUACCACACGCGUUGCGUCAGAAGGAACCGCGCCGAACAUCGUCGCGACGAUCCACCUUCGCCCGCUGCCACUAUGGAUCGUCGCCCGUUCGUCGUAUACUUUCCGCUCGCUCCAUGCCCAAGAGGGUUAACUCACGAUGUUAACUAUUUUUGUGUAUUACUAUAAUUAUUUCUAUUACUAUUAUUAUUAUUAUUUAAAUCGUAAUGUUAAGGGGACACCGUCAUAUAUAAACGUAUAAAAAUCUAAAAAAAAAAGAUGCAGUGAUGCGGAAUCCGGGGUUACACGACGAUCUCGAACUUCUGCAUCUCGCUCGAAAAAAAUGUUUGUCAUUCACUUUCUUGAUUAGUUACUUGAUUACUGUAAAGACGAUUCUGUACACACGGAAUAUACGAGUGCAUAUGUAAAAGUGGCGUUGAAUUUACUCAAAGCUUGCCUGGCCCGUGCGACACUCCUGAAUUGUUCGAAUGCGAAUUACAAGCGAAGUCGGAAUAAUAUCGGUCGGGCGCGUCGGUGAAUUCAACGAAGAUUUCUCACCGUUUCUCUUCCUCUCUCGCCCAUUUCACUGCCGCGGUCGCUAUUACUUACACGAGUACCCGGCACUACUUAGAUCGUUGCAAUUAUUUGCUACCAGUACACCGGGCUACCAGUUUAUCCGACAGGACCGUUAUGAGGCGCGAACACGGCUAUUGCAAAGAUACACGCGCGCGUUAUUUCUCUAUUACGCUAUCGCGAGCGUGGCCAGGACCGAUUACGCCGUGUACUCUUAAUCAUCGUUCGCGAGUUUCGCGUUUCAGAUCGUUGGUGACCUGGCCCCGGCUGACCGAUCAUGAAACCACUAUAAUUACAGCUGACCAUUGAGCUCUUGACAGAAAUUCCCCUGACACGUAUUAUAAAAUUACUGUUUAAUUUUGUUUCUCUAUCUUUCGAUUAUGUAUUAUUUUCGAAGCGAACAAUAAACGGUUGUAUCUAGCA